AAAUCAAAAUAAAAUGGAAAAUUGCUUAUAUGAUGUAAUGUAAAUAAAUGUACAAUCCUUAGCUUUCAUAUCAACAUAAGUUCAUCAUGUGAUCUAUCUAAGUUAUUAUAUAUCUAAUACAAGUGCUAAGAGAUUUAUAUUGGUAGAAAAAUGAGAGUUAGAACACUAAAGAUAUUCUCAUCAAUUGUGAAGUCGUAUCCUUCUAUCAGCAACGUUAGGAACUUUGCUAGAUUUAUUGCGAAUGAUAAAAUUGUCAAUUUAGAUAGCAAUACGCUCACAGGAAGAUUGAUGAUUUAUUUGAAGCCAGAAUCGACUGAAUCGACUCACAACAGUGACACUUUCAAAGCUGAUGAAUUGCUCAAAGUAAUAAGAAACCAAGAUUUAUACCAAUCUAAGAUUUCAAAUGCCAAUCUGAUUUCAUUUAUAAGUUCUCUAGAAAAUGAAAGCUUGAUCAAAAGCAACAAAGAAUUUCAUAAAAUUUUGAAGUUAGUUGAUGAAGAAUGUUGUUCACGUCAAGGAGAUCUGGACACAAAACAGAUAUUGAGUUUCCUUGAUGCCUACAUGGAACUUUUGCCACACAGGGUUACUGAAUUGAAGUUUUAUCCAAGGGCCAUAGAUAAGUUAUUUUCAGAUUUGGAGAACUUAAAAGGAAAGGACUAUAUGAAAUUCCUAUUUUAUGUAGCUCUGAUGAAAAAAAACUCAAAAUCUCAACAAAUAUUGAGGAAAACAUUAUCAAAACUAAAAGAUGAAGAUAUCAAAGGGCUAUCUUCUGAGGAAUUGUGUAUCAUUGCAAAUUCUACGUUCAAAACUAGUACGAAAAUGAAUAACAAAAAAAUUUUGCAUAAGAUUAAAUGUUAUUUAAAUGACAAUUUGAUGCUACUAAGGGAUCCGGCUCUUUUUAUAACCCUAAUCAAAUGUUUGAGACUGAAUCGCUACUGUGAUGAAGAUUUACUGGCUACAAUAUCAUGUGCAAUAUUUUUCAACAAAUCUUUUGAGUUUUAUACAUUUCAGACCUACUGCCACCUAUUAGCUUUCUAUGCAGAUAAUCUAUACUACGAUGAAAAGUUACUAGAAUUCAUAACUAGCAAAUGUAUGGAAGAAAUAAAAAAUUAUUCAUCCCAAGAUAGUGGAAGCAAGAAGUUAAGAAGCAAAGAUUUAGUUAGAUUUCUUUGGGGAAUGAGUAACCUGAACUGUAUAUUUCUCCAAGCAUAUGAUUUCGAUAUAAUUGUUUCCAGAAUUUUGGAAUUUAUUGAAUCAUCGGAGUUAGACUUAAAUGCAGUUAUUGAUUGUUUUUGGCAUUUGUGGAUGUUAAAUCAUAAAUGUCACAGACUAGUGCCUUACCUUUUGGAGAGGAGAGUUCUUCUUGAGCAACUUCCAGAAAAAAGCAAUACUAAGCAGAAGCUAAAUCAGCUACUAGUCUGCAUUCACUAUGAAGAUCGUCCUCUUUUCAACCAACUCAAUCUAAAACCCCAUGGAAAAACGAAUUUCAUUACCUCUCAACAUCUAAAGAACCGCCCGUGCUUAGAAAAUGUGUUUAGAGCUCUCACAACAGUUGGAAAAAAGCAGAAGAUGAGGUUUGAGCUUCAUUAUCAAAUUCCCCAUAUGAACAUUCUUGGUAUUAUAGGAUAUAAGAACAUUCAUAAAACUGUGCAUAUAGAGGUGCUGGAUCAUUUCACAACUCUGAAGAAUACUGACGGAAGGCCCAGUGGUCUCAUGCAGACAAAGUUGAGGAUAUUGGAUGGUUCAGAGGAAGCCUUGAUUGUGAUCAAGGAGAAUGAGAUAAAUGAUUUCACAGAAUCACAACUAGAACAAUUCCUCGAAGAUGAACUGAACUUAGUUUGUUGAAAAAAAAUUCAUUCAAUUUUGGAUGUAUUUUUAUAUUUUUACUCUUGGUAUUAUUUUGGAUAAUUGUUAUGAGAUUUUAUAUGUGAUACAGAAAACAAUAAAUUCAACAACUUGA